CCGUUCCGCCUCGCAGACCAAACGCGAACGCGAGCGCACAGACGCGUCUCCAGACUGUGCGCUCCCGUGAGUUCAUGUCAUUCCUCCCUCCCUCUCCGCUCCGUCAUCUCUCAUACUGGAUCUCGCUCUCCUUCUUAAUUCAAGUGGUUGCCACUGAAUAAGACACUGCGCGUGGGAGCGACCCGAUGCGCUUUUGGAAACGGGAGGCUUCGCUGUGGACGCGUUUAUUCGCUGCUCUUCGUCCUUGGAUUUGAUUCACACAUCACGCUUCUUUCUUCUGUCCAGGAUGGGUUUUGUCGUGCUGGUGCUUCUGUGCGCUCUUACCGGGCUGGUGUUCGGGGACGCUAAACCCAAAGCAUGCUUGGACCUCAGGCAGUUCUACAGCAGCAAGGGGUUCAGUCUGAACGAAGUCCCGCAAACAGAAAUAUCCGGUGAGCACCUGGGGGUUUGUUCUCGGAGUUACACCUGCUGCACGUCUGGGAUGGAGGAGAACCUCCUGAACCUGAGCCGAAGAGAGUUUGAGACUCAGGUGAAGGAGUCUGGACGCACCUUACAAGCCUCGCUCAACAGCCAGUUCAAGAGCUUUGAUGAUUAUUUCUUGGAGCUGUUCAACCGUUCUGAAGCAUCGCUCCAAACUUCCUUCCAGACCGGGUUUGGAUCUCUCUUCUCCCAAAAUGCAAAAGUGUUUCAGGAUCUGUACUCCGACCUUCGGCACUACUACCGAGGGUCCAGGGUCAAUCUCGAGGAGGCGCUGAAUGAAUUCUGGGCCCGUCUGCUGGAAAGACUCUUUAAAGCUUUAAACGCUCAGUACAUGAUUGGAGAGGAGUAUCUGGAGUGCGUAGCCAAGCAGUCAGAAACGCUGAAGCCGUUUGGAGACACGCCGAGAGAGCUCAAGACCAAAAUCACACACACGGUUAUUGCAGCCAAAACUUUCUCGCAGGGUCUGGUGAUCAGCGGCGAAGCCGUCCGGAAGGUUUCAGAGGUGUAUAUGAGCACUGAAUGUGUGCGCGCUGUCAUGAAGAUGACAUACUGUCCAUACUGUAGCGGCGUGGCCUUUGCCAAACCCUGCUCAAACUACUGUAAGAAUGUCAUGAAAGGUUGCCUCGCCAAUCAAGCAGAUCUGGACUCUGAGUGGAGGAACUUGGCAGAUUCUAUGCUGGAAGUAGCUGACAAACUGAGCCGGCCUUACAGUGUGGAUUCAGUGGUUCUGUCUCUGCCAAAACGCAUUGCUGAAGCUAUUCUCUACAUGCAAGACAACCUCAACACGUUCAACAAUAAGGUGUUUCAAGCAUGUGGUUCUCCUGCUCAGAGCUCCAAAUCUGAGGACCAGAUCAAGCGAGGGAGAAACACAGCAGAAGAAGUGAGCGGCACCCCAGGAGCCCAGCUGGAGAAACUGUUAUCCGAUGUGUCCAGAAUGUUGAGGGAUAUGAUGCAAUACUGGGUCCAUUUGCCCAGAAAUCUGUGUUUGGAUCGUGAGUCUGAGCUGAGUGAAACAGACGGAUGUUGGAACGGAAUGAAAGUGGAUAGGUAUCUGCCAGAAGUGAUGGGAGACGGGUUGGCCAGUCAGAUCAAUAAUCCUGAGGUAGAGAUUGACAUUACCAAACCAGACAUGACUGUACGCAAACAGAUCAUGGAGCUUAAGAUAAUGAUCAACCGACUAAAGUAUGCUGUCAAUGGAAAUGAUGUGGACUUCCAGGACACCAGUGAUGAUAUCAGCGGUUCAGGAAGUGGAAUGUGUGCCGGCGAUCAGUGUUCUCGUGAUACACGUUUAUCAGUCCCAAACACGGACAAACCCAUUGUAUACGGCUAUCCGUCAGAGAACAAGAAGGUGGUGAAAGGAAGAAGCAGCCAGAACCUUCCUUGCGUCAGCCUCUACCUUCUCUCACUGGUCACAGUCUUGCUUAGGCGAUAAUUGACAGGCAAUUCCACCAACUGGGACUGAGUACAGGACUAGGUUGGAUUGUGGAGGGGCGGGGUUAGUCACAUUGCCAAAACAAACAUGCAAACAUCAACAGAAUCCGGCGAAUGCAUCACUUUUUUGUCUUGAAUAAGAACACCAUGGAAUAUUCUUAGAUCUGUGUACUUUUUUUGUCUCUUAUUUGAUAUAUGACACCCCUAGAGCUGGUCUUUUGCUUGUCUUUAUGUCUGUGGUGAAAAAGGUCUCUGAGAAUGCGCCAGUCUGUCACAAUAGCUAUGAAAAUCCACCCCAACAAACAAGACAUGCUGGUUUUUCCUUAUUCAAAAAUCAUUUUAGAUUACAUUUUAUUUAUUAAUUAAGACCCAUAACGAUAAGACGUCUCUGGCCCCUCAAGAUUGAGAAUGUCCUUCAACACUCGAUCAUAGUGAACAAACAUCUGAAAGAACCAUGUGUUCUUCUUAACUUUGUUUUAAAGCUUUUCUAAACAUGAAAACAAGCUUUACUGAGUCUUGUUUCAUGAAGACCAGCUGUCUCACGCUGUCUCUGUCUCUCUCUCUCGUUUAUUGUACUAGUUUUUGCACUCCGCUUUAAAAAUGGGUUUCAGGGGCCAUUUUAAAGAAAACACAACAUGUAUUUACUCUGGAUGUAAAUAAACGUGUACUAACCACAGUCACAUUUUCAGUAUAUCCUUGAGGACCCUCAACAGCACUAGAGCAACAUUUGGGAUGAAACGUUAAUGCACCAGAAAUGAGAAAGAGACAGAUGUGUUUUACGAUGCACUAUAAUCCAUGGGACAGAUAUACAAUGACAGAAAGGGAUUUAACACGUGGGAAAACACAAGCCGGAGAAUGACAGACUUGAAACCGGAGGGAUGUGGAGGGGUUUCUGGACAUUGUUAAUUUGAUAUUGAUUCAAACCACACAGAGAUGUGUUAUGUGUGAUUGCACUUCAGAGAAAGUGUUGCUUUGUAAGUACUCACUAUACAGAUAUACACGUGUACUCAUACUGCAUCCACGUCAGAUCAGAUUAGUUCAGUGAGUCACAGAUGUGUGUCUCUAAUAUUUCUCAGCCCUGCACCCUGCCCUUUCGUUAGCAGACAAUUUGGAUUGUUUAUGGUACGCACACAAUGUGGGUCAGUUGAAGGUACGGAUCAUUCUCUAUGCAAGUAUGUAAACGCAAAUAACGUAAGCAUGUAUACUGAUAUUUUUGGGUCAAUGUAGCGCUAGCACACCUUAGUACUCAAGGGGGCGAUAGAGUUACCAACAAAAGUUUGCGUUAUUAAAUUAAAUGUUGUUGUUAUUAAGGUAACUAUAUCUAUAAAUAUGUUUUCUCUUGGACUAACUUGAACUAGCUUGCUAAGCUAAAUAGCAUGCAUGCCUCCCAUACUUAUGUUACAUUAUGAAAUACACCGAGUCCAAUAUGUUUGGAGUAUAGAUGGAUGGUGGAAAUGACGUUACUCAAGGGGGCGAUAGAGUUACCAUCAAAUGUUUGCGUUAUUGAAUUGAAUGUCAUUGUUGUUCAGGUAGCCAUAGCUAUAAACAUGUUGAAUGUUGGACUAACUUGAACUAGCUUGCUAAGCUAAAUUCAUUUCAAACUGUUGCUCCGUCGUGAUAGUAGAUAAAAAGUUGCCCACGAUACCUUUUUUACUAUGAAACACGUUAGGCUAAUUUCCAGCAUCCCUGCGAUUUUACAGAGAAUAAGUGUUUUGGAGAAUAGAUGGUUGGUUGAAAUAACAUAAGCAUGCAUACUAAUGUACGUUUUUGCGUUAAUGUCGCAAUAGCACACCUUAGUACUCAAGGGGGGCGAUAGGGUUACUGUCAAAUGCUUGCUUUACUGAACUGGAUGUGUUCAGGUUUCUAUAGCUAUAAACAUGUUGACUGUUGGACUAAAUGAACUAGCUUGCUAAGCUAAAUUCACUGUGGCUCCACCAUGAUAGUAGGCAAAAUUUUGCUGAAAGUGGCUUAAUACCCACAAUUGUGCACCUUUUGUACUUAUGUUACAUUAUAGUAUACAUUGAAGAUAUAAUUUCCAGCAUUCCCGUGACCCUACAGAGGAUAAGAUAUGACGGAUAAACUGAGUCUAAUUUCAUAAUGUAAAAUUAAGCAUACAGUAGCUAGAAGCAUUUGUGUUCUCAUACUUGCAUAGAGUUUCAGGCCGCAGAGAGAAUGACACGUUUUGACCAAACCUGAGAAGAGCGUAAUUUUUAUGAACUUUGCAUUUGUAGAAGUUACAGGAAGUUAUGUAACUGUCCUUAAUUAAUGAUGAUGAGAAAGUGCUUCAGUUUCGGUCACUAUUAAGUGGUGUACAGAUCUGACCGGGUCAGUGAGAUGGAGAAUAACACCCCCUCCCUUCCAGUUUAGAAAUGCUGCACUUUGCAUGAGGCACACGGCCACGUCCGCAUGACUACAGCACAUGAUCCGGGGUCGAUAACAGAGAAACAUCCCUCGGCAGUGUUAUGGGUGGUUUGUUGAUCGAUCGGAUCAGAUGUGGUUGGAGAAAUGGACCCGCGGCACAAUUCACUAACUAUCUGUAGAGUGAUCUGACCUGAAAUCAGUCUUAAUAACUGUCUUUAGCACGUUUGUUGAAUCAGUGACAGUUGGUAGUCUGACCCCAGGUCAGGUAAACAGUCCCUCCUCUAGGUUCAAUGGCUUAACGGUGGUCACUCUUUACUGAUGAAUGUGGCUGAUAUUGUCAAAAUGUGCUGAGAUUAAAUAAAUGAAAAUGCAUUGUGGUAUAUACUUUUUCUUUACUUUUUUUAAGGUUAUUUGUGUUUAAGGUUGAAAGUAGAACAUUCUAAGAGACUGAGGAAAUUACUGUCCAUUGUAAUUGUAUGUUCUUUAAAAAGAAAGAGGAGAAACCCUUGUGUCAAUUAUAUAGAUCAAAAGAUUUCGAAAAUA